CCACGAAUAACUUCUUUAUGUGUUUAUAUACUCUUAUCAACUACCUCCAGCGAGCUACGACAUAGCCUUUUCGAUUGCACACGCGAGGCCAUUAUUUACAUUUGCCACCAUGGCGGCCCAAAACCACAUGCAUAACCUUACAACCCUCAUCAAACGGCUUGAAGCUGCAACCUCACGCCUCGAGGAUAUUGCCUCGUCAACCGAACUUCCCAAAGAUGUCCCCGGUCUUGGACAGCCUGCGACUCCUUUGUCGGAAACGGCUGUAGCACCGCCGCCGCCCGUUGAGAAAGAGCCGCCUCAGGAGGCGCUUCCCGAAUCGAUAGAAGAUUUCGAUGCCUUUCUAAACACUAGCAUUGACAAAUAUGUCAAACUCAGCAAUCAGCUUGGAGGAGUUGUUGCCCAGCAGGCCUCUGAAGUCCUCAAGGGAUUCCAAGAACAGCGCAAGUUUUUGCUCAUCGCUACCAAGGCUAAGAAGCCGGAUACCUCAGGAUCUAGCCUAGUCGUCUACCAGAACUUGCUUAAGCCCAUCACCGAUGCGCUCAUGGCCGCAACUGAGCUCAAAGAAUCCAACCGACCCGAUCCGAUGUAUAGCAACCUGAGCGCCGUUGCAGAUGGAAUCAUGGUCUUGGGCUGGGUGACCGUUGAUCACCGUCCAUUCAACCACGUCGAGGAGUCUUUGAGCGCUGCGCAAUUCUUUGGAAACAGGGUUCUAAAGGAGCAAAAGGAGAACGAUCCCAGGCAGGUUGAGUGGGUGCAGUCUUUCUACCAGAUCUUCCAUGACCUUGGAGACUAUAUCAAGCAGCACCAUGCUUCCGGCGUCACUUGGAACCCAAGGGGAGAGCCGGCCGAUGAGGUUGCGAAGUCAUUGGAGUCUAGCAAACCGUCACAGCAGCCGGCUGCAAGCAGCGCUCCUUCUACUGGUGGAGCUCCACCACCCCCUCCUCCUCCGCCGCCGCCUGGCCCGCCCCCUGUCCUAGAUAUACCAGUUCAAUCUGCAGACUCCGCUGCCGCAGCGCCUGCUGGAGGUUUCGGUGCAGUUUUCUCUGAGCUCAACAGGGGUGAAGCUGUGACGAAAGGCCUACGCAAGGUGGACAGGUCGGAGAUGACUCACAAGAACCCAUCUCUUCGUGCAGGAUCUACAGUCACAGAUGCUCCCCGAGCAAAGAGCCCCGUUCCAGGCAAAAAGCCUAAGCCUGAGAGCAUGAGAGUCAAGAAACCGUCUAGAAAGGUCCUCGAAGCUAACAAGUGGACUAUUGAGAACUUCGAAAAAGAGGCUCAGCCAAUAGAGAUUGAGGCAUCUCUCACCCACUCCGUCUUGAUCAGCAGAUGCAACAACACUACCAUCAUUAUCAAGGGCAAGGCAAACCAAGUCACUGUUGAAAACUCCACUCGCCUAUCUCUCGUCGUUGACACACUGGUCUCCACCGUGGAUGUGGUCAAGGCGAACAACUUUGCACUCCAGGUGCUUGGCACGGUGCCUACCGUUAUGCUGGACCAGAUUGAUAGCGCGCAGGUCUAUCUUAGCAAGGAGAGCUUAGCCACCAAGCUGUUCACAAGCAAGAGUACUGGUGUCAACCUGAACAUCUUGUCUGGACCAGACGACGACUAUAAAGAAGUGCCGCUACCUUCUCAGAUCUGCUCCUACUACAGCGAAGAAAAGGGCGAUCUUGUUAGCGAAAUCGUGGCCCAUGCCGGCUGAGCACUCGGAUGGAUUCUACUUAGAGAUGGUAUAUACGGAGCAUAUACAUAUACUACUAUGUUCAUGUAGAAAUAGAAUUGAAUAUAGCUUUUUCCCAG